GGUUUUACGGUGGGUGAUGAUUUUGGGAAUUGUGGUUGCCAGGGGCAACGCCAAAGGGAAUUCUGAAGGCUAUGGGCGUUGAUGGCCUCACCAUUUACCAUGUCAAAAGUCACUUGCAGAAAUUCAGGAUUUUAAAGUUUGUUCCCGAAACAAAUACUAAAGGCAAGUUUGAGAGGAGAAAUAUUUCAGAAAUACUGCCUAAUUUUGGUACAACAUCAGGCGCGCAGCUUAAUGAAGCUCUGCAAUUAUAUAUGGAAGCACAAAGAAAACAAGGGGAUGAUAAACUCCAGGUUAGAAGGAAUUUGAAGAUUAAGUUUGAAGCACAGGCGAGAUACUUUGAGAGAAUUGCAGGGGAGCAUAGAAACCGAGUCACCCCAACAAAAGCUACUAAAUCAUUGUCUCCCAUAUCAUUGCCUUCGUUAUGUGAGGAGUCUGAGUCCAAUUCAAAAGAUUUUGAAACCGAUCCCGAGGCCGACAAAAACGAAAUAGAGUCUGGAGAAAGAAUUCAAGCUCUAAAAAGGGCUGGAAUAGUGGAAGAUAACUCAGCGUCAUCUUCAUCAUCAUCAUCAUCAUCAUCAAUGUAUGCAUUACCGUCGUCAUUCAGCGCAGAUGGCUAUGAAUAUGAUGAUCAAAACAUGCUUCUUAACGGGGGAGAAAGACUUUCCUACACUGCAAAUGAUAACAGCUUUCCCUGGAAUAUCCCAGUUUGCUCAUCACCCUUGGUGCCUAGCUUUAUGUGAAUAUUGCCACAGGAGACUUUGUAAAAUAUCAUAAUAUAUGAUCAUAUUAUGUAGACAUACCUGCAUGAUUGCUUUCAAGGUUUGCUAAAUUAAAGAAGCGGAGCAUUGGAACUGAACUUUUAUAAUUUUUCUAAACCAUGAAAGCAAUCCAUAUAUCUAAAUAAAACUUU